AAUUAAGAAUUUCAACUAGCAUCUGGUCCAGUAGUUUUUCAUUGGACACAGUAGGAAGUUAUGGUUGUGUAAAGUGUCCUGCCAAUAAUAUGGAAUAUCUGGUUGGAGUUAGCAUCAAAAUGAGCAGUUUUAAUCUAACAAGGAUAGUUACACUGACUCCUUUCUUUACUAUUGCCAAUAAGUCUUCAAUGGAAUUGGAAGUUGGAGAAAUUGCACCUGAUGGCUCAUUACCAACAAAUAAAUGGAACUAUAUAGCCUCUUCUGAGUGUCUUCCAUUUUGGCCUGAAAAUUUGUCAGGCAAACUUUGUGUGCGUGUGGUGGGCUGUGAAGGAUCCUCCAAACCAUUCUUUUAUAAUCAACAAGAUAAUGGCACUUUAUUGAGCUUAGAAGAACUGAAUGGAGGUAUCUUGGUAGAUGUAAACAUUGCUGAGCAUUCAACUGUGAUAACCUUUUCUGAUUAUCAUGAAGGAUCUGCACCUGCCCUAAUCAUUAACCAAACACCGUGGGACAUUCUUCAAUAUAAACAAAAUGGAUCACAGGAAGAAAUGGUUUUACUACCCAGACAAGUACGACUCUUUGCUUGGGCAGAUCCUACUGGCACCAAAAAACUAACAUGGAGAUAUGCAGAAAAUGUGGGAGAACAUGACCUGUUAAAGGUAUGA